AUAGAAUAAAAUUCAAGCCUUACGUGUAGACUGGAGAGACCUUCUUUCAGAAAAUAAUUUUAACAAAUCAUUUUCUUACUUCACAUUUUUCCAAAACUCAUUUUCUCUCUCUAAAAAAAACUUACCAAGCGCCUAAAACCAAAAACCCCUCUUUUUAUUUCUGACUUUUUCUUCAAGUUUCUCUCUCCUCAACUCCGCACACUUUCACUUACCCUUCCUUCCAUUUCUACCACCUAGAACUUUCUAACACUUCUCUAAAUUCUUCUUCUUCUGCCAUUGCUAGGGAUUUCGAUUUUCAAGUUUCAUCAGGCGUUGGCACUUGCUAAUGUUGCAUGAUUGGAGAAUGAUUCAUCAUCCCAUGGGCAUCAAGAAGUAGUGAUCUAGGGGAGAUUUAGAUAAUUUUUAACUUUAAGGGAACUCCUGAUGGCAACAAGAGCUAUUUUGUGCCGGAGGAAAGCCCUUGCCAGUGCUUGGACUCAAGGCAAUGGCUCAUUCCGUUGUUUUUCAAGUUUUGAGCAAGAGCAAUCAUCUCUUGUACCUCAUUCACAGAGUUGGGCAGCUGCUCUUCCUUCUUUGGAUAUUGAUUCAAGGAACGAGAGGGAAUCAUUUUCAGUAACCAAAGAUAAAUUGCAACUUAUUUCUUCUGCUGGGUAUCUACACAAUCAUUUUGCUCGGAGUUCAGCUAUGACAUCAAUUAAUGUGCAUCUCAACUAUGGAUCGCCUUUAGGAGCGGGCUGGCGGUCACAACUUUUGUGUUAUUCUUCAUCAGCAGCAUCAGGUCAACCAGAACUCCAUAAUAGUAAUGACAAAGAUGAAGAAACAGCUGUUGCUCAAUCAAAAGAACCUUCACCUGAAGAAUGUGAUCAAGCAGUUGAGGGUCUUAGCUCAGCUAAAGCUAAAGCCAUAGCUAAGCAAAUGCAAGAAAAUCAAAAGAGUGCAAAAACAAUAAUGCAAAAGUUUUGGGCUACCCUUUUAGGGAUUGGGCCUGCAUUGAGGGCUGUUGCUUCAAUGAGCAGAGCGGAUUGGGCUGUUAAGCUUCGUCAUUGGAAGGAUGAAUUUGUAUCUGCUAUGAAGCAUUAUUGGUUGGGCACAAAAUUACUUUGGGCUGAUGUUAGAAUAAGCUUGAGGCUGCUAUCGAAGCUUUCCAAGGGCAAGAGUCUAUCAAGGAGAGAGAGACAACAACUCACCCGAACUACAGCUGAUAUCUUCAGGCUAGUUCCAGUUGCAGUUUUCAUUAUUGUGCCAUUCAUGGAAUUCUUGCUGCCGGUAUUUUUGAAAUUAUUUCCCAACAUGCUACCAUCAACUUUCCAAGACAAGAUGAAGGAACAGGAGAAACUAAAAAGGAAGCUAAAUGCAAGAAUUGAAUAUGCCAAGUUUCUUCAGGAUACAGUGAAAGAAAUGGCAAAGGAAAUAAAAAAUUCUCGUAGUGGAGACAUUAAACAGACAGCAGAAGAUCUUGAUGAAUUUGUGAACAAAGUUAGGAGGGGUGAAGAUGUCUCCAACGAAGAAAUCCUGAAUUUUGCCAAGUUAUUUAAUGAUGAAUUGACUCUUGACAACAUUAGCAGGCCUCGAUUGGUAAAUAUGUGCAAAUAUAUGGGUAUCAGGCCAUUUGGAACCGAUGCAUAUUUACGUUUUAUGCUUCGAGACAAGCUUAGGAAGAUUAAAGAGGAUGAUAAGAUGAUACAAGCCGAGGGUAUUGAGUCACUUUCAGAGGCAGAGCUUCGUCAAGCAUGUAGAGAUAGAGGUUUACUUGGUUUACUUUCUGUUGAAGAGAUGCGUCAACAGUUGCGUGAUUGGUUGGACUUAUCUCUCAAUCACUCUGUUCCAUCAUCUCUUCUAAUUCUUUCAAGAGCCUUCAAUGUGUCUGGAACAAUAAAGCCUGAGGAAGCCGUGGAAUUUGCUAUUUCCUCUUUGCCAGAUGAGGUUGUCGAUACCAUUGGAGCAACGUCUUUGCCUUCUGAGGAUGCAGUUUCAGAAAGGAGGAGAAAGUUAGAGUUCCUUGAAAUGCAGGAAGAAAUGAUCAAGGAAGAGGAGGAGAAGAUGAAAGCAGAAGAAGAAAAGGCGAAACUUAAGGAGUCUACUGUUAGUGAAAAGGACGUUGCCUUGGAAGAAAUGGUGGAUGCAACUAACAGGCAGGCACAAGAUUACGCAAAGGCUGCAUUGUCAGAUAAAGAUGACCAACUUUGUGAGCUCAGUCGUGCACUGGCUGUUCUGGCUUCUGCAUCAUCAGUGAGCAGGGAACGGGAGGAAUUCUUGAGACUUGUGAAUAAAGAGAUUGAGUUAUACAACACUAUGGUGGACAAGGAGGGUAAAGAGGGGGAAGCUGAAGCUAAGGAAGCAUACAAAGCUGCCCGGGAGGGUGAUGAAGAAGAGUUAGAUACUGCUCAAGUUUCUUCAGCACUGAUAAAUAAGGUGGAUGCUAUUCUUCAAAAACUUGAAAAAGAAAUUGAUGAUGUGGAUGAGAAGAUUGGUGGUGAAUGGCGAUUGCUCGAUAGGGAUUACGAUGGGAAGGUGACUCCAGAAGAAGUAGCUUCUGCUGCUGCAUAUCUGAAAAACAAAAUUGACAAAGAUGGUAUCCAAGAGCUCAUCAGCAAGCUGUCAAAAGACAGAGAGGGGAAGAUACUCGUUGAAGACAUUGUUAGGCUAGGCAGUCAGAAGAAUGGUGAGGAAGCUGAAUCUGAAAGAUGAAUAGAUUCGAGAUUCAAGAUUUAUCCACUUGGAUUUGUUAGAGGUCAUUGUCCGACCUGGUCUUGAGUAGUGCCUGGACACUGGCAUAACUACGCAAGUUUUGGGAAAACAAUUUUAGAGUUGGUGACAAUGGUGCCUAAUUUUUUUGCUUAGGCCACCUUCUCUGCCGUCAUAAUUCAGUUACCUUGUAGGUACAUUACUAAAGAUGAUAAUUUGCUACUACAGUGCAUAUUAAUACAAAGGAAAUGUUAUAUGUGCAUAUAUGUUUGAUUACACAUUUACACGUCUAUAUCAAAGGAAUGGUAAGUGUAACGGUGUGCAAGUAAUAAGACUGAUUUAUUACGUCGUA